UCGAACAGGACUGGGCGUACCACGACUCUCAGCCACCACAACCCUAUCCCCGCGUUCCCGCCCGGAGACCCAGUUCGUCCGUGGCCUCCUACGUACUGCCCAGCUUACUCUCAUGUAUACGACCACCCUCGUCGCCAUUCGUAUCCGCCGUAUCAACCGGUGCCAUUUCACUUAUCAUUCGGCUAGCCUUUCGAGAUACCCCAACCACAAGAAACACAGAGCGCACCUUCCACGCUAGCGGCAACGUAUGAGACAUGUAUAGGAAUGUUGCCGGAGGCCCAAAUGGUGCAUAAGGUCGAUAAUGAAUGUGAUGCAGCCGGAGACAAGCCCGCUGUGGCUGUGGUUCUUUCUUGCUCGCCCUUCCAAGCAGACGACGUAGAAGUCGAUCGAUCGCGGAUACCAGAUUUCGACUCGUUUGAAACGGACUUCUUUGGAUUGUCUACCGAUACUGCCGCAGACUUAUCAGGUGGAGGGAACUCUGAUGCCUCCACAUUGUUCCGUACCGCUGCCGAGGACUCGGUUCCGUUGGCCGACGACCAUCUGAGCCGUCUCUUCACAACGUUCCUGGAGGAUGCAGGUCACUCUUCUAUCUCGCAAUCGGGCACGUCAAAUCUACCUGACGAGGCUAUCGCGCCGCAAGCACCGUCAACGUUGACAGAGCAGGAUACGUUCACAGGACCCUAUGAUCGCGUCAAUUUGCAGCAGAGUGGUCCCAAUGUGUCGACAAGGGGGGAUGUGCUCCCGAGAUUUCAUAACAGUUUUUUGUAGCAGAGUGGUCCUAGCGGUUUUGCAGACACGGAGGUCUUCGGGCCU